GCAUUUAAAUAAAGUUCUCUACUCUAAAAAUCGAAAACAAUGAAUUAUCUUCUUCAUCGGCAGCGCACUCCGGGAGCGGUAAUUCCCAUUCCGGACGAGCUGAAGGAACUGAUGUACGAAAUUAGUAAGAAAGUUCUCCGGGAGCAGCCGGCAAAUGUGAUCGGGUUUAUUGCCGACUACCUAGAGGAAAAGUUAAUCCGCCGUGAGAAUCGCGUUGUCGCCAACAAAGUCGUAGAUAACGUUCUGGAUAUCAGUUUGGACAUCAUCGAGCUACUGGAUGAGUUCAAAUUGGAUGAAAACAGGGCGGAGCGAGCUGUUGUCAUGAUUCAGGAAGCAUUUCACAAACACUUCCGUGUGCGAACCUCUAACGAAAACCUACGCGAAGCCUUUCGGGAAGCAGAGGUCCUACAGCGACUGAUUGAUGAAUGUGGAUUCACGGAAGAGCAAGCCCUCAGAGCGGGAAGGAUCAUAGAAAGAGCUUACAAGACGUAUUAUUUGAGAAAUGUGUACAAGGAGUAUCACCGACCGGCGGUGACCAGUGACUGGCAGGAGGCGGCCAAACACACUUUACAGAUCUACGACGCCAGUGGAGCUACGAAAGAGGAAAUGGAGCGAGCUGCGGUCCGAAUUCAAGCUGCAUAUCGCGCUUAUUAUACAAGGAAGCGUGAACAGUUGGAUAAAAAUGCGGCAAUCAUUCAAAAGGCCGUGCGGAAACAUCAGGACCAUCAAGUGGUCGCCGGUGUUCUGGAUCAGAUAGUUAAUAACGUGAUUCAGCCAAAGUUUUCCGCCCGCGAGGAGGUCAUGCGCAUUGUGGAAAUGGUUUUAGAAAACGAUCCUAGCGCAACGGAAAGUGAGCGAAUGCAAAUGAAUGAAGCCGCCACCAAAGUUCAAUCUGUUAUCCGAGGACAGCGCACGCGGAAAGACCUUUCAAACAAAACUGGCGAUACCACAGAGGAACUACUUUCCAAAGUUCCGUUGGAUAUCGAGAUAAAUUCUCCAGCGGGCCACACUUCAAACGAUAACCUUGAAAGAGCAGCAAUCAUUGCCCAGUCCGCUGCCAGAGGUCAUUUAACCCGUCAAAAGAUUCAACGGGAGAAAGCCGCCGUCCGAUUGCAGAGCUUGGCUAGAGGCCACCUCACUAGAAAGCAACUGGUCUCAAAGCCGGAAAAGGACAAAUAAAAUAAAAUCACAUCGUCUCGCUUUGCUUAUUACUCUUCCGUGGUUAAGAUCUUGGACACUCUGUCAAACGAAAUUUUCAAUAGUUUUCCGGGAACACAUUACCUGGUGUAGAUUCUCACGCUCCAGAUGCUCGUACGGCUGACGAUGAUGACGUUACUUGUUCGGAUGCGAUGAGGAAUUUCGGCAUACCAACUGACAGCCCGGCAGCCAGCCACCAGCGUUGGUGAUAAGAUUUGAUGCUCAAACUACAUAUUUAAUCGCUAGAACACAUCGCCGACUGCCGGGGGAAGAAGUCCAGUGAACAUUUAUGGUCAUAUCUUGAGGAGAUGACUGCUAUAUUUUCAGUUUAAAAGCGUUACCAUCGACCGAAAGCUGAGCAUCGAGAGAUGUUUCGACGGAAGUGCUGC